AUGCAGGUCACGGAGUGUCUGAAAUCCAAUCUAAAGCUGGAAGAAGUGGCCAUCCGCUUCUUUGGCAAAUUAUCGCCGUAUGAAAUGCUUUUCCUGAUGCAGACAUUCGGCGACGUACGCAGGAUGACCUGCGAUGACUCCUCUCACCGCCGAUACCGGUUACGACGCCGGCUCAGAAGUUGGGAUAGUUAUCAGUCCUGGAUUCCACCUUGGUCUUUCCUUCAGAUUCACCAUGCAUCUGAACUGCUUGAUCUUUUCCUCUGUGAACGAAAUUUUGUCAUGCAGCUCCAAGAGUUGACCCUACUGACAGAGCCAGGUCACUUUGUGCCAAAGUGA